UUCUGAGUGAAUUCAUCAUGCAGCUGUCGAAACUGGGUGUUUGAUCAAUGGUCACGCCUUUUUUCAACUUAACUUAAACCACAGAUGUCUCAGAUCUUUGUUCUGAAUCUGUGGCUGGCAGACCAGCCUCAUUCAGCAUUACUGUCUGUAUUACUGGUUGCUUCAGUUCACUCUUGUGUAUGACAUACACAGCCCAUUGUGAGGCAGAUUAGCAUAGCUCUAAUAACAAAAAGCAGCUGGAGCUACCUGUAUCUGUUGGUAGGUAAAAAUACACUGGAAAUAAAUGCGCUCUCUGUUUACACAGGAUCACUCACGAACACACUGAACCCUCUGUACAUAACCAUGUUAUUGUGUUCCUAAAGGCUAUUGUGUGUCAGUGUCUUGAAGCGUGCCCACUCUAAGAGGUUACACGGCAUAGUUGGGUUAUAAAAGUGACAUGUCGGGCUGAACCUAAACAAGGACGAUAGGACAGUUAUGGUAAAAAGUUGCACACCACUGGUUGGUCAAUUUGUAGUUUUUAGUUGGAUAUAAAGUCCAGUUUAGAAACUACAAAAAUGCCGAAAGUUCUUUCCCACAAUUUAGUGAGGACUAUGUUCUUACUGAGUGUAAUAACUGUAGUUUUAGAACUUGUGGAUUCAUCCAACUGCACAAGUCGCCGAUGUCUAAGUAACGUGUUGAUAGAUAAAAAUUUGUUGUCGCAGCCACAGAACGAUAGCUGCACUCAAGAAGUCCGAGUGCCAAUAUUAGAGUACCAGACUCUGGAAGUUAACACAAAGCAACUCCAUCUACUAAUUCUUCUACAAGCCUCGAUCGAAUGGGAAGAUCCUGAGUUGGCGUGGGACACAUCGGUGUACAAGUUUGAUGAAGUAAUUCUGCCAGUAGACAAAAUCUGGACUCCAGAGCUCUUUGUAACGAACGCAAUAACAUCAACUCUGAAGCACAGCUCUGCUAAUGUGCUGGUGUACAGUAACGGCACAGUGAAGGACAAUCUGAUCAUAAAUGCAGAGGUGAACUGUGAAGUUAACCUGUUCAACUAUCCCUUCGCUUAUGAUGUGUGUCCUGUUGCAGUACAAGCCUGGGGCACUGACAAAUGUGGUACAACACUGAAGUUUGGCGACCUGAUACUGACUGAUAAUAGUCACGGAGACUGGCAAACGGUGGAUGCAGAUCUUCAGAAAAAACGAGAUGACCGCAAUUACAUCCACGUGGAACUAAAACUCAAAUCUACCAACCCUUUCUUAACAUUGAUGCUGCCCAGUUAUUUGAUCAUCUUUGUUGAUAUAGUCAGCUUUGCUCUGCCACUGCGAGGUGGAGGACGCAAUGCUUUCAAGGUCACCCUGGUGCUCAGCUUCACCCUGUUUAUCAAUAUCCUAAAUAGCCAGCUCCCCGGAGACAGUGAAUGCAGUCCAAUAAUCCGACCCCACUUCUGUAUUUGCCUGAUCUUCUUGGUGGUGAGCAUGGUGGUGUCCAUGCUAACUACUAGGUUAUCCCUAGAAGGCCAACUGGUUUUCUGCUGUUGGUCCAAAGGAUCAGCCCCCAAAAUUACAGAAAACAAGGAACAAAAUGAGGAUGAGGAAAUUAAAGCUGACAUUAGCACCAUCCAGCCGAAUGGCUCAGAGAACAGUCAGAUACUCAGAAAAGUGGCCAAAUACUUGGAAACUCAUGAGACCAACGAAGCGGAAAAGGAGAGGCAACACAAGUUUGCCGACAUGCUGGACAAGACUUUUUUCUGGAUCUAUUUCCUUGGUGGCCUUGGAUACCUUGUUAUUAUGACUGUAAUAAUGUUAAAUUAUAAAUGUGAAGUUAACCAUUUUGAUUUCUGGCAUAACUGAUGUGCAUUAAGAGCUGCUCUUAAAACCAAACUACAUUUACUUGAAGCUAAAUCUUAGGGUACAUUUCAGCUGCAAUGACUGAUAAACACCUCUGCAUGUAUGUAUUAGAUUAGUUAAACCACACCAUCACUAUGAUAUGCCAAUUACAGAUGUCUACAGAUGUGUAGUUGUACUUUGUCUUUGGGUGUUCAGCAAAAAAAUGUUAUUGCAUGCUUCUAAAAAUAAGAUAAAUAAAGAAAUUUAACUUUCA